AUGUUCCGACCUCACUACACGAACGUCUUUCCCGGCGCCGAGAUUGGGUCUUCACGCCAACGGAUCGAGAUUGAGAAUCCAGCGACUGAGGAAAUCAUAUGUACUGUCGAUGCAGCAUCACCAGCCGACGUCAACGCUGCCGUAACCGCCGGAAUGAAAGCUUUCCAAUCGGGUAUUUGGGCCAACAAGGACGUCAACCACCGUUUCGACGUCUUAAUAAAGCUCGCGGACAUGCUCAAAUCACGCAUGUCAGAAUUUGCAAAAUACGAAUCCCUCCAAACAGGCCGCCCAAUCCGCGAGAUGAACGCUCAACUCGCCCGGCUUCCGGAAUGGCUAACAUACCACGCCUCACUUGCUCGAACCCAUACAGGACGUAUCCCACCUUUCAAAGGGAAGAUGCUCAAUACGCUGACAUAUUCCCCUCUCGGCGUCGUCGCGCAGAUAACCCCAUGGAACCAUCCACUCCUGAUUGCGAUCAAGAAGAUUGCACCGGCGUUGGCGGCGGGGAAUAGUGUGGUGGUGAAGCCGAGUGAGUUGGCACCUGUGAGUGUUCUGCUCUUUGCGGAGAUGGCACUCGAGGCGCGGAUUCCGGAGGGUGUGUUGAACGUUGUCUGUGGUCUCGGCGCUGAGACUGGAAAAGCACUCUGCGAAGACUCACGGAUUGCAAAGAUCGAUUUAACAGGUGGCACAGAGACUGGACGUGCGGUCUGUGCUGCUGCUGGAAAGAACCUGAUCCCUGUCACAGCCGAGCUUGGCGGAAAGACGCCAGUUCUGGUAUUCCCCGAUAUCGAGGUAGAACGCGCAGUGAAGGGAGCGUUGUUUGCCUCUUUCAUUGCGGCGGGGCAGACAUGUGUCACCGGCUCCCGUAUCAUCAUACACGAAGAUAUCUACGACCAAUUCGCUGCAUCCUUCGUCGCCAAAGCAAACGCACUCAGAAUCGGUGAUCCACUCGACACGAAGACACAAGUUAGCACAGUCAUCAACCGCGCCUCCAUCGACCGCUGCCAACGCUUCGUCGACCAAGCCCUUUCCGAAGGCGGGAAGCUCCUCUGCGGAGGUUCCCCCGCUCCCGUCAACGGCAAAGGCCACUUCUUCCAGCCAACGGUAAUCGAAGUCACACCCGAAAUGGCUUUGGCAAACGAGGAAGUCUUCGGCCCUGUCAUUGCCCUUAUCCGUUCCCCUUCCCCUGCCCACAUGCUCGCCACCGCAAACUCUACCCCCUUCGCCCUCGGCGCCGCACUCUGGACUUCAUCCCUCUCCCUCGCCCACUCUGUCUCUCAACAACUCGACGCAGGGUUGGUGUGGGUCAACACCCACCACAACAAUGAUCCGAGUAGUCCGUGGGGUGGGUGGAAGGACAGUGGGAUGGGGAAGGAGAACGGGGUGGAGGCUUUUGAGGGGUAUUUGAAGUGUAAAAGUACAGUUGUGAAUUGGGGUGAGGCUGGGGGGGUUGAUUGGUUUGAGGACAAUAAAGGGGCGAGGUAUGGCUAG